AUGGAGAGUGGUAUUCAUGUGUCCAAAGAGUGGAAGCUUUUCAAGAUUGAGCUGGAUGGGAAAAACAAGGAAGUGCACCAGGUGUCUCUCCGGAAGAAAAUGAGAGAACAUUUCAUAUCGAAAUUGCACACCAUUUGUAGAGACAACGUAAAACAAGCUGAGCAGGAAGCCAUAACAAAAGCAAUGGACAAGAUUUCUGAAAGGCAAUUUGGCACCACUUCUAAAAUGUUCAAAACUGUUUACAGCCUGGCAAAAGCAUGCAUACCAAUUUCAAGCAUAGAAGAAUUGAUAGAAUUACAAACUGAAAAUGGAGUAGAACUGGGAGUAGGAUUGCAUUCAAGGCCAUCAGUUGUGAAAAUAGUUGAGUGCAUUACAAAUGAAAUUAAAACCCAAAUGUUUUCCAGCAUCAUUGCACGGAAUCUGAAGAUAUGUCUGAUCAUUGAUGAAGCCUCAACAGUAUCCUGCAAACCAGUUCUGAUAGUUUUCUUAAAAGUUGAGGACUCAGAGGACCCACCAAAUAUUUUUGUCGAGCUUGUUGAAUUGAAGAAACAAGAUGCAGAGACAAUAUGUUCUGCAGUUUUUGAAAGUUUACGUAAGGUUGACUUUACCUACAAAAAAAAUUUGAUAGUGUUCUGCUCUGAUGGUGCCAGUGUUAUGCUUGGGAGAAAAUCUGGAGUGAGCACCAGAAUAGCAAAUGAGUUUCCAAACAUCAUCAUAUGGCACUGCUUGAACCAUCGUUUCCAACUUGUUUUAGACGAUGCCAUAAAGGAAAUAAAACAAGUAAAUCAUUUAAAAAUUUUUAUUGAUAAGAUAUGCUCUAUUUUCCAGCAGUCCAAUAAAAACCAAAUUGAACUUGAUGAAAUAUCUGAAGAACUUGAAAUUAACAUCAUAAGGAUUGGUCUAAUUUUUGGGCCAAGAUGGGCUACCUGUAGUUUACGGGCAACCAUAGCUGUGUGGCGUGCCUAUCCUGUACUACAUCAAUAUUUUCAUGGGAAUGCAAAAUACUCAGGUAUGUCUGCCCGUCUGGAAAAUAAAUAUUUCUUAAAUGAUUUAGCAUUGAUAAUAGACAUUUUGGAGGAAAUUUCACUUCUUUCAACUGCACUGCAAGCACGCAAUACGGACAUAAUAAAAGCUGAAAAACUGGUGAGAAGAUCAAUAAAGGCAUUUGAACUGCUAGCAAAGGGAAAGGGCCCAUACGAAAGAAAAGUUGAAGAACUAAUUACCUCAGAAACCUUCAGGAAUAUAAACUUCAUAGAAAACCAUCGAUUUGUUGGUCUUCAUCGAGAAAGACUUUUACAAAGUAUCAUCAAAAAUUUGCAGAAACAACUGAUGGACUCUGAGCAUUUAAAAACUGGGAACCAACUGCAAGACACCAUAAACAAACUACAGUUUCUACAGUUUUUGGUGCCAGAGUACUGGGAUUUUGAGGAAAUAGUCAUUCCUUGGGUAGCAGCUGAAGAACAACUGCGCAUAUUUAGUGAUAUUUUCAACUAUAACAUUAUAGAGAUUUUGUGGAGAAUGUCUUAA